CUCGGUUUACGUUUCUUCUCCCUGCGGGAUGUUUUGCAUAAGUUUGCCGACCCUUCGCGUUGGUAGGCUUUGUGAAACGGAGAGUCGUUUCGGUGGGUUCGUGUCAGAGAGCGGAGCUCCUGUUCGUCGUAAAUAAACACGGGCAGAAGGGUGGUUAUUUUAGCACUUGAUAAUUUCCCACUUAUGUCAUUUGACCUGGAUUGAAGCUGUGAUUGCUGAGCUGCGUCCUGCGCAGCGUGUCGGCUCCGGGGUUGAGCUGGCGGUGCGUUUCCUUUGUCAGUUUACAAGAAGUAUCAAAAUGAAACUGGCUGUGCCGUUUCCUUCGCGGCGCGCUGCGGGGAGGAGGAGCGCCUCGCGGGCACCGUUUCCUCACUGGUUCGGCCGCGCUCCGGGCAGCGCUGUGCCCACGAAGCGGGUAAAGUUGUCCUUCGCUCUCACGACGUUAUGCUGCAGUUGGUUUGCACCGAGCCUGUGUUUAUUUUUAGCGAGCUGCACGUCCUGCCUUUUGUUAGGUUGUUGGGGUUUUUUUGUCUUUUUUGUUCGUGGUUUUUUUUUUUUUUUUAGACCGCGGUUGCAAAAUGAAAGUGCUUACAAGGUGUUUAUGAACUCUUGUUAGGAAGCAGCUGCCAGUUGCUGCAGGAUGACACAUUUCUGCAAGCAGGCGGCUCGCUGGGCGUGCUGUGCGCUGGCUCUCGCUUCUCAGGCAUGUGCCGUUUUCUUCCUGGUUUGGUUUGAUUAGAAUUAAUGCCGAGUGCCUUUUUAAACUUUGAACUGGGAGAAGUACCAGGUGGAAGGUUUCCCUUUACUGUUUGCUGAAAUUAACGAAGACACGGUUCAAUGUGCAAACCUUCCCCUUCUCCAGCUUCUCCAGCUUGCAAUUCCAGGACAUCCCUAGUGCAGAUGAAACCGAAAUCCUGUAUCAGCGGCCAUAACCCUGUCAGCAGCAACUCAAAGCCAUUCAAAACGCCCAAAGACAAUCUACUUACCUCCAGUAGCAAACAGCACACAGUCUUUCCUUCAAAAGUUUCGAGGGAUAAACCAUGUGUUCCUGUUCCAGUAGUCAGUCUAGAGAAAAUUCCUAAUCUAGUGAAGGCAGAUGGUGCCAACGUUAAAAUGAAUUCUGCAACCACUACCACCAUCACUUCCUCCUCAGCCUCGUCAUCCACCAUACCUGCUCCAACCUUGGUUAAAUCUGGUUUGACAUCCAAGUCAGUGCCGCCGUCGCCAGAAAAGAUUCUGAACGGCAAAGGAAUUAUAGCUCCAUCAAUAGACAAGAAACACCAAAAUGGCACUAAAAGCAGUAACAAGCCUUACAAAAGACUUUCAGAAAGAGAAUUUGACCCAAAUAAACACUGUGGAGUACUGGAUCCUGAAACAAAGAAACCUUGCACAAGAUCGCUCACCUGCAAGACUCAUUCACUUAAUCAUCGACGAGCAGUUCCAGGCCGUAAAAAACAGUUUGACAUCCUUCUAGCUGAACACAAAGCUCGAUCCAGGGAAAAAGAAGUCGCAAAAGACAAAGAGCAUCCACCAUCGGCAAGGGAAAGCUAUCAGAGCCAGCCCACACCAGCACAAGACUCUCUGUCAGGAUCUUCAGUGAACUCUGGGCAAGAAUCUAAAGUAACAUCUCCUGCAAAAUCUAGACCACCAAAUUCUGUACUUCCAAGACCGUCAUCUGCCAAUAGCAUAAACAGCAACAGUUCUUCAAACCACAGUGGGUAUGUACCAGAACUGCCACUGCCUUCCAUGGGAGGAGAUUUAACUAGUAGAUUGUCCAGUGAUGAAGGAGAAGUGGAUGGAGCUGAAGAAUCUGAGAAAUUAGACUGUCAUUUUUCUGGACACCAUCCCAGACCUCUUGGGUUCUGUUCGUAUGGUAGUCGCUUAAUGGGAAGAGGGUACUAUGUCUUUGACAGAAGAUGGGACCAUUUUCGAUUCGCACUAAACUCCAUGGUAGAAAAACACUUGAAUUCACAGAUGUGGAAGAAAAUCCCUCCUGCAGCAGACAGCCCCAUGCCUUCUCCAGCAGCACAUGUCUCCACUCCCUUUCCAGCGUCCGUCUUACAACCUUUCAGCAACCCCAGUGCAGUAUAUAUUCCUUCAACACCUAUCAGCUCAAGAAUCACUUCUUCUUACAUAAUGACAUCAGCCAUGUUAUCAAAUGCAGCCUUUGUGACGACAUCGGAUACAAAUUCCAUUAUGUCACACACUACAGCUUUUCCUCAUGUGGCUGCAAGCCUAAGUAUCAUGGACUCGACCUUCAAGGCGCCAUCAGCUGUGUCACCAGUGCCAGCAGUCAUCCCUUCCCCAUCCCACAAGCCAUCCAAAACAAAAACCAGCAAAUCCUCAAAAGUAAAAGACUUGUCAUCUCGUAGUGACGAGUCUUCAAGUAACAAAAAGAAAAAGCCGCAGUCAUCGUCAUCCUCGUUAUCUUUGCAGACAUCUUCCUCGUCUUCAUUUUCAGGGUCCCACAAAAAGAACUGUGUCCUGAACACCAGUUCGACUUUGAACUCCUAUCAGGCCACAUCUUCCUAUAACAGUAUGUCUGUGCACAAUACAAACAAUGGAACAAGCCCACUCAGUGCCAAAUUGGAGCCCUCAGGACGGACUUCAUUAUCAAGUAGUUCAACAGACUCAGUGAAACACAUGAGCAUGGUAGUAAGCAGUAUUGACUCUUCUAAUCUGUCUGUACCUUCUCUUGUGCACCAUUCAGGGGACCACUCCCUGGGAGCACAUAAUGCAGUGUCUUCUCUACCCCUUUCUUUCGACAAAUCAGAAGGAAAAAAACGUAAAAACUCUAGUUCUAGUAGCAAAGCCUGUAAAAUCACUAAAAUGCCUGGUAUGAAUAGUGUUCAUAGAAAGAGCACUGCCAACCUUAUUUCUGCGGUGCCAGAUCCAACAAGCAGCUCCAUCUCUCGGCAGAUUGGAAAAAAUAGCAGUGUAGCUUUGUCACAAUCCAGUCCUUCGAGUACAUCAAACCCAGUACACAACAGACAAAAGACAUCAAACCGGACUGGUAGAAUAAGGACUCUUCCAUAACACGGAACAGGAACCAGCCUAUAAUCUCUAGCUCUCAGCAGCCCUACUCCACAGGGUUUUUCUUUUCUAUGACCUGCAGAUGGAUUUAACCUUUUAUGAAUUUGUGGUUUUAAAGAGAAUCAAAUUUACAGAAAACUGUAAUAGUGAUUUGUUCAGUUUUUCACUUGUAUUUGCCACUGAUCUGUGCGUUCUGCUUGGUUAUGUUUCAUGCCUUUUCAAGCUGUUAGCGUUGCAAUGCUCCCUUUGUUUCCUUACCAGAACACGGUGGACAUUCCAAAAACAAAGCAAGUCAAAAAGAUCGUGAUUUGAAUUUAUUUAAAGGAUCUCCAAAUUGUUUCAUAGAGUAAAAAUUACAGUAAUUCUGUAUUUCAGCUUGUCCCAUGGAUAAAUAUUGAGUGCAUUUCUUCGUGACUCGCAAACAGCUGGGGCACUGCAACCAUAGGGAUUAACCCUGCCUGGUGCUCUCUACCUACAGCAUUUAAUGAUUUCAGUGGGAACUCUGAGUGUUCGGCAUCUUCCGGGCUCGAUCGAAGUGCAGAGGAUUUUUGCACCAAACUGUAAUGGAUGUUAUCAAAGGCUCAACACGUGAAAUCCCCUUGGAGGAAUUCUAGACCCUUAAGAUAACAGAACUCGAUAACUUCGCUAAACAGUUUGAGUGUGCGAGGACAGGCGUUGAGCAGAUUGGCUUGCGUUAAUAGAAUUGCACUGACAGUGUUUCUUAUAGGAUUACUGAAUAAUUUUUUAAUAAAAUACAGAUUUUAUAAUCAGGAAGCCAAUGCUAGGUACUGGAACAAUAGUAUGGAGGAGUUGAUUUUUAUUUCUACAGUGUUAAAAGUGCACUUAUAUGCUGGUUUAUUUACAUCUUGGGGAAAGGCGAGAGACUGCAAAUAGGGAGAUUAUUACUACUUUCUUUUUUAAAAAAAGAAGGCUUAAGGUAAAUUUUAAGACUAAAAAUGUUUAAGCAAUUAUAAGC